ACGUUUGUGAAGUUUUUAUUUGGUUCACUCAUUCGAAAUCACUUCCACUCGUGGAAAUAAAUACAAAAUUGACGUGUUUUAUUCAUAUCGAAUUGCGUAUUUUUAUUUACUAUGUCGUUAGUGUAAUUGAAGUACUUCAACGUUUUAAUAGGUUACGUUUUAUUGUGAUAUAAGCUCAUGUAUAGAGCUUUGUUUUUACUGUUUACUAUUAUUUUUUGAUGAAAGAUGGCUGAAAAAGUAGUCAUAACCAGUGGUAGCAACCAACCCAUCGUGAAGAUAGGUCACUACACGCUCGGGGCUACCCUGGGCGUCGGUACUUUCGGCAAAGUGAAAAUCGGGGAACACCAGCUGACCAAACACAAAGUUGCUGUUAAAAUUUUAAACAGGCAGAAAAUCAAGAGCCUCGAUGUGGUCGGCAAGAUUAGACGAGAAAUACAAAAUCUUAAGCUGUUCAGGCACCCCCACAUCAUUAAACUGUACCAGGUUAUUUCAACUCCAACAGACAUAUUCAUGAUAAUGGAAUAUGUCUCUGGGGGCGAGCUCUUUGACUACAUUGUGAAGAGAGGAAAGCUGCAGGAGCAUGAGGCCAGGAGGUUCUUCCAGCAGAUCAUAUCGGGUGUAGACUACUGCCAUAGGCACAUGAUUGUGCACCGAGACUUGAAACCUGAGAACCUGCUUCUAGACCACAACAUGCAUGUGAAGAUUGCUGACUUUGGACUCUCCAACAUGAUGAUGGAUGGAGAAUUUUUAAGGACUUCCUGUGGAUCACCUAACUAUGCCGCCCCUGAGGUGAUAUCAGGCAAACUGUAUGCGGGGCCUGAAGUUGAUGUAUGGUCAUGCGGAGUGAUAUUGUAUGCACUGCUCUGUGGUACACUGCCCUUUGACGACGAACAUGUUCCCACACUGUUCCGAAAGAUCAAAUCAGGCAUAUUCCCUAUACCUGAGUACCUUAACAAGAGUGUGGUCAGUCUGCUGUGUAUGAUGCUGCAAGUUGACCCCAUGAAGAGAGCCACCAUUGAGGAUGUUAAGAAACAUGAGUGGUUUCAAAAAGACCUGCCGGGAUAUCUGUUUCCAUCUCCCGUUGAGCAGGUAAUUACAGACAGCAGCGUGAUCGACACUGAGGCGAUAUCCGAGGUGUGCGACAAGUUCGGUGUGAAGGAGCACGAGGUACACAACGCGCUGCUGAGUGGGGACCCGCACGACCAGCUGGCCAUAGCCUACCACCUCAUCAUAGACAACAAGAGGAUCGCCGACGAAGCUGCCAAGGCUGAAAUAAAGGACUUCUAUGUUGCCAGUAACUCUCCCCCCGCGGCGGCCGAGCCCUCGCGGCCGCACCCCGAGCGUAUCGCACCACAUCCGCACCCGCAACAGGACAAGGCGAGAGGGACUCCCGUUAAGAGAGCUAAGUGGCACUUGGGCAUCAGGUCACAAAGCAAGCCCAACGAUAUUAUGCUGGAAGUGUUCCGCGCCAUGAAGGCGCUGGACUACGAAUGGAAAGUCAUCAACCCGUAUCACGUGAGGGUACGAACACUAAACAAAAUGACAGAGAAAUACGUGAAGAUGUCGCUGCAACUGUACCAAGUGGACUACAAGUCGUACCUGCUAGAUUUUAAGUCGUUAUCGGGUGAGAAGGAAGAUAUGGAGGAGGAGGCGGCUUCCCCGAUGGUAGCCGCGCCCCCUCCUCCCCCACCCACAGCCCCCCAGGGACACCACACCAUGGAGUUCUUCGAGAUGUGUGCCGCACUCAUCAUACAGCUGGCGCGGUAAUCACCCGCCAGCUAGCACCCGCCUGCGGCAGCGCGGCCAGGGUACAGCGACGUUGUCGUUAGUUUCGAGAUCAAAAUUAAUCAUUUCUUAUCGCCUGUCACCUGGCGCUUGCGAUCGCACCUGUACCGCGGCCGGCGCUGCCCCUGACGUCACGACGCCGGUCGCUGACCUUGUACCGCUGAUCUGUUAUGUUUGUGUCUCGCGAGUGUCGUGUUGCGGGUAACAGCCGACGCUGGUGCGAAUCCCCAUUCCUGGCCAACCUGUGUUCGUUGUUUGAGAGGUUGGUCGUCUUCUGUUUUGCCCCGAGCUCAACUAUACCCUUAUUGGGUAGCCCUACCGCCGCCCCCUGUAGUCGCCCACACUAGUGUGAUCGCGUCGACUAUUAGCCGUAACAGUACAAAACUAAGUUUGUAUAUACUUGUUAUCCCACUAAUUGGUAUGAAACGCGUGUCUAAUAAUUUCAAUAAGCAAUAUUUUGAUACAGUUACAUAUUUUAAAUUAACAUAUUAUUAAUCACUAGGCUUAACGGCUUUAUGCGACAUUCUUUAAAUCAAUUAAUGAUAACGAUGUCGAUACGAGAGUUCAUUAAUUAAAUUUGGGUGUUGAUUGAUAAAUUUUAAGUAUUACCUGUACAAUGAAGUUUGAUAAUCAGAAACCUUCCAUUGAUAUUGUGACUCCAAAGUUAGGAACCAUUGUGAUACACUACUGAGCGCUCGAUGCGCCCGCCCAAGGCGCGGGUCGCGGCGCGUCCGUGUCGUUAUGCUUGCGUGAUUUGACAAGAUCGCACGCUUUGCGAUUCACUUCGCCUCUUUAGCCUAUUAAUCAAUGCCUAUAGAAUCAAUUAAAUCAAUAUUAAUAAGCUUAAUAUUUGCUGGAAUCGUAGCUUGCGAACAAGCGACAAGGACGUGCGCGCGACAAAGAUCCCGCGCCGAAAUGAUCGAAAAAUAAUUCAUGUGAUUUUACCAAAGAUUACAAACGUUAAUUUAAGCAAAACUAGUGCCUUUUGUAUUUAUUACGAGCAUAUAAUUGUUAAAGUAAUAUCCAUAGCCUAAUUCAGAAUGUUCACAUGAAAGAUAACUGGCUGAAGUGACAAAUUGGGAGGUGAAGUUAUUUACGAAGUGUACCGAUUGGGAAUUAGUAGACUAGCUAGGACUUAUUAAUCCUAUAUUUAUAGAUUUACGGUAUGCAACUGAGUAUUAUUAUAUAAAAUGUUAAUUAUUUAUGUUGUACAGCUUUGAAUAUAUGUAUAGUAUUGUGCAAUUCCAAAUUUUACUUCCUUUAUUUUUAUGAAGUUAUUAAAAUCUCUUAGAGAUAGUA